AUGGCAUUUGCAACACCGAAUGAUUCUGAUCAUGUUUGUAACUACUAUCAGGUACACACAUUUUGCUAUUUCUUAACAUGUACGACUGGUACAAUUUGAGUUAGGUAAUAAGCAGAAGUCAAUUGGAAACGAGAGACAAAGGCAAUGUAUCUCCAUGCAGUCGUGUUUUCAUUACCUCUUUCUCGGGGUAUAUUGUGUCCGAUACAAAGACGGCCUCGUUCGUGUGGUUGGAAAACCAACAAUAAUCAUGCAGAUACGUGUGGUAGGGGCUUUAAACCUGAGCCAGUUAAAAGGUUUUCCAACUGUCGGUCAAACUCACAUUGCUUGUGAGUUCACUAAAAAAAUAGAUAUUUAGCGUCCUGCAGUUAUUUUGAAAUCAAAACUGGCAUGAGAUUCAUACACAAAAUUUCCUAAAAUUAGCACAAUGAUUAGCAUAUUGGAAAAACUAACGGCAAACCACAAAGAUCCCAGUAACUGGUAGCGAGAAACGUAAAGAGUCAAGGUGGCAGAGGUAAAGCAGAAUAUGAACAUAAUCUUGUCAGAAAACACCACAUAGCUUGAAUAGCUCUGCAGUCUAAUUAAAAAAUGUGAAACUAUGCAAAAAUUCUCUGCUCACCUUCUUAUGUUUUUUUCUGUGUUUAUUUCACUUACAUGAACAAAGCUUUUAGGUCUAAGUGAAAAUGCAUCAAACGAAGAAAUUUAUCGUGCUUUCCGUGUACGAGCACUUGAAGUGCACCCGGACAAGAACCCGGAAGAUAAAGUCAGGGCCACUAAAGAAUUCCAGCUUCUAACAGAGGCUAAAAUUGUUCUUUUGGAUGCUGAAAAACGGCGAAAUCUAGAUGAAAGUUUGAUUGACAACGGUGCGCGCAACUGGAAUGCCUUACCUCUUUUGUGCAGUAUUUGUACCAACUGUAACUCAAAGGUAGGAUCAAGAUGUCUAAAAGGAAUGGGUCACAUAAAUCCUCUGAUAGAAGAAUUCAAUUCAGCUUCAAAAGAGUACGAUUACAGAAAGAAGACUAAAUCAAAAACUUCUCCAGACAGAAAUGAAUUUUUAACUACCCUUCAAGAAGUGCUUAAAAAAUUCAUCAUCACUGAUUUACAUAGGCUGUAUCCGUUGAUGGCAAGUCAAAAACAGAGGCCAUGUUCAAAAGACGAGGUUGUCCCACCACUAACUGAACUUGGCGCGUGCCUCUCUGGAAGUGGAAUUAGCAGCUCAAAGUCGUCGGUUCCCUCAGCAGCGGCUGUUGUAGAGAUUUUUAACCUAUCUUUCGUUCGUAAGUCAAAGAAAAAGCCUCCGCUGCCUCCGCUUGGCACGGAAAUUCCAAUAUAUGACCUAUCAAGCUUGUCUAAGAGUGAACUGGAACAGGUUCUUCAAUACUUUGGCCUUCCGAAUGUAAAUCCCUUUUCUCGAGACUCUGCUAUCAAGGAACUAAGCUUAUUCAUUCCAAGAUGUAACGUUGAGUCCAAACAAUCUGGUGGCUACCAAGACAGGUCGAGGCGUUUGUGCCAUCAAUGUGGAAGAAAACGUUUCUUCCUCUUUCCUUUUUCCUUUGAUACUUGUUUCGCCUGUAAAAGCGUAUGUUGCUGGGAAUGCCUAUCCAGCGCAAGACGAAAAAUCCCCACAAGUGGCUCAUACGAUUUAAGAUCACUGUGUAAAAAGUGUCUGACCACUUACAAAUCAAGAGAGGCAGCAACAUGGCUCACACAUGGUCAGUACCUGUUAGGAAGAGAAAAAAAGUUCUUAGAAGCCGCACUAGCGAUGUACAACCUUUGCAAUGAGUUGUAUCCAUCGGAAAUCGCCAUCAUAAAACAAGCACAGGCACUCUUCUAUUGUAACAAGCAUGAACGGUUGAUCCACUAUGGCAAAGAAGUACUUCGUACAACUACGUUUGAGCGAGACAAUACUCAGGAGCUUCAGAAACUGGUCACUGAGUCCCUUAUGAAAGUUGCUCAUGAUGCUGACGACUCCGAUUUGUUAAGGAAAGCUAACAAGUACGAGGAAGUAAUUAAUUGGACUGCACAGUUUUCCGAAGAAAGUGGAGAUGCGAUCCGUGAUUUAAAGAUAGAGGCAAUGAGAAGGCGACAGAAAUGCUUUGAGGUUUAUGAAAAAGUCACGAGGCGAAGAGCAAAGAUUCUAUUUUCACACCUGACUGCUGCCAUUAGAGAGGGUUCUCUCCUGAAGUUGUUCACUUUGUUACAAGACAUGGAUGAAGAGGCAAAGGAUGCGUGUUUAAAUCAGCUUUCAAUGGAGUCACUAGAGACUUACAGUCAAUACGGUAAACUGUUGUUACGACUUGCGAAAACGACGUUAACAUUCAAGAAGGACCCCACAGGUGCUUUUAGUCAAAUCACUGACAUAUUUUGGACGGGCUAUUCUCUCUUUAUGAGUAAUGGUUGCAGAGAAGACAUUUUCCACUUUGUAAUCCAUUUCACAUGUCAGUUAUUGAAAACAAGACAUGGAUUGUUCCUGGAAACAUUGAAUGAAAUUACUCGCACCAACUUUCUGCAGUGUCUCCAUCUUACUGAAGAUGACAUCUUUUCACCACCAGACAUAGGGGCCAGACGGUGGGAAAACGUUAUUGUGGAAGGCUGUGACAUGAAGAUGUUCCUGAAAUACGAACUGGCUGUAAAGAAGCUCUUCGAGACCAAAAAAUGGUGUCCAGUCAAAGUUGCCCUUUCUUAUUACGACCUUACUUCUGCAUGUAAGCAUCCUUCUCAACUUUUGGUGACCCUGAUAACUUCUGCACAGUGGUUUGCAAGGCAAAUGUCAUUGCCCAAUUCAGACGAUGCAUUACAGUAUUCGUGCAAAAAAAUGAUCCUGAGACUCACCAACCUGGCAGCUGCACUGUCCUUCGAGUUUGGCAUCCACCCACAUCUGCAGUACUAUGUGGCAAGGAUGGUGUUGGGGCUCCAAUUUUAUGCUUGCUGCAAGGCACCCUUUGGAAGCCAAGACGACGCUACAACCAUUGGAGAGCAUUUGAACUGGCUGGUCGCUUCUGGGCGUCUUUGUCCAUUGCACAAAAUGCCAGUUGUCUCACCAACCGAAUCUGUUAUUUUGCACGUAAUGUCACAAGACCUAUACUCUGAGUAUCUUUUAACGCUCCAGGAUGAAGUGCCACUUCAGAUGAGACCUAUGUCGGAAUCGAUACUGCGGUACCAUAUUUAUGAGAAUCACUGGCUCAAGCGAUGUGAGCUACAAGAUGGCGAUGGCCUUCGCUUGACUGCAAUGACUGAGUUGUUACAUGCGGAAGACUGGUCAUGGGAUGGUGUCCAGCGGCUUCUCCAAUGGAAUCUGGUUCCACUGGAUAACGAAGGUUGGCUUGUUAGUGACCACCAACUGUUAGAACCUGUUGCUUCAAGUGGUAUCCAUCAACUUAUUGGUCUUGAAAUCAACAAGAAUGACUACAGUAUCAGGCUACUAACAAGAAGGAAAACAAGGCGGUUACCCUCACUCUUAUGCUGGCAAGAUAUUGCCAUUGGUUUUACCAUAGAUUCUCCAGGAUGUUUUUUCAGCUUGGAAGCAGUGACCCCCCAGGAAACGCUGUAUCAUCCUUUCAAUAAGCAGAUUUUUAUGCCAGAGGAAUUGCAAGCAAGCAGAUUCUUAAACACACUGUUCCACACCGACUACCUUCUAAAGCAGUUGAGCACUGGGUUUGAGAUUUCAUCGUAUCCUCCUUUUCAUAAGCGUCCGGUCCAUCAAGGUUUAUUAAAGGGUCUCCCUAAUGAGUUACAGAAAGUCCUUUUGUCCAUACCCAGUCGAGGUCCAUCUCUUAGCCGAGUUCACCGAUUCUGGAUACAAGCAGACGCCAUGGAGUACGAUAUCCAGGAAAACGACGAUUCAAUACGUUGGUUGUUUGGAGAUGUCGACAUGACCGUUCGCUGCAAGCCCAUGUGUCACUCGCAGGAUGGAGAACUGCAAGACCAAGACGUUCUUGGCCCAGAUCCUGACAGCCCGGAAGGAAAGUUCGUUGCUGACUUUACCACACAUUAUGAUCAGAUCGGAAAGUGUUUUCCGGAAUUUCUCCGCUUGAAGGAACUUUGCAAAGUUCAAUGGCUGGGAGCUUUCAUAGCCAGCUUUGAAAAGACUUUGGAGGAACAAACUAAACGGCUCGAAAGUAGGGAGAUGGAUGCAAAGUAUCGUGAAAUAUAUGCCUUAGCUGUCCAAGAAGCUCAAAGUGAGAGCAAAAAACAACUGGAUGGCAUGUUGCUUGAAAUAAGGAGCCAAGUCGGUUUUAUCAGCGACGAAAUGGUUCGACUUAUUUAUCAAAAGGCCAACAUUCCAGCUUCGUACCACGAGAUUUACAAUUGGGUGCGUUUUGGGGAUUCGACUGUGAUUGCAAGAAAAAUAGCAUAUAAACGUGUCCCAUUUGUCUCGGAGAUUAAGCAGCAGGUGAUCAAUGAGCAUUCAAUGAAACUAAGGCAGUAUCGAAGAUCAGUCUCUGCAUUGAAGAAGAAUUGCAACGAGUGCCUUCCGUCCACUGAUUUGGCCAAUGGAUGCUGUUGGGUGCCGGCUGUCUGCCACUGUGACGACGGAAAAUGCAUCCACGGAGGCGUAGCUUUGACACCAGUGCCACGCAAAGUUACUCUCAGAAUGGAAAGUGAUUUCAGCAGGGUGCCGCUCACUCCAAAUUUCUUUGGAAAGAAAGUAAGAAAUCCGCCUGUGAAACCAUUUAAUCCUCCACGAAUCAAGGGAAGGAAAGUUCCUUUAAGAAACGGCGAUCCUGCGACCGGUCCAACUGGUGGUGACUCUGGCGGCAGUUCGUCUUCAGGUGACGGUGAGGACUGCAAAAACCGUGGCAAUCUUUCUGGAAAUGGAGGUAAU